CAUUGAGCGGCCGUCGCGCAGGCGCAGGAGUGCCGAGGGGCCUACUCUCCUUCCCGACCGCUACUGCCACCGCCUUGGCAACCGCCGUCACCGCGCAGGCGCGGGCGGGCGCGCGCACUUCCUCCCCCCCCUGUCCGCCUUCCCUCAGAUUGCUGCCGGGCGGGCCGGGUCGUGCCGCGGCCACGAAGAGGCAGGGCGCUGAUGCCGUCCCGUGAUUCCCCCGGCAUGGGGCGCCGUCGGCGCCGAGGCUGCCGACUCCCGCUGCACCGCCCCGGCCUGCGCCCGCGCCCACGGAGCCAGUAGCCGGAGCGGCCGGGGGAGGCGGCCUGAGGCCUCCGUCGGGCCCCGCCACCGCCGCGCCCCGCCGUCCCGCCGGGCAUGAGCCGGAGCAGGGCAGGCGGCCUUCCUCCUCCUCGCUGAGCGCCGUCCUCGCCAUGGCCCAGGCCGAGAAGAUGGAGCUGGACCUGGAGCUGCCCCAGGCCGGGAGCGGCGACGGCGGCGGCCUGAGGCGCUCCAACAGCGCGCCGCUCAUCCACGGCCUCAGUGAUAAUUCGCAGGUUUUUCAGCCUUAUGUCUUACGAACACGCAGGAACAGCACAACAGUUAUGAACCGACACAGCAUGCUGAUAUCAUCAUCUCCAAUCCGUAUCCCUAGUAGUCGACUCCAUCAAAUCAGAAGGGAGGAAGGAGUGGACCUGAUGAACAGAGAAGCAGCCCAUGAAAGGGAAGUGCAAACAGCAAUGCAGAUAAGCCAGUCAUGGGAAGAAAGCUUGAGCCUGAGCGACAACGACUUGGACAAAUCUGAAAAAUCUUCCUCUCCAAAGAGAAUAGACUUCAUUCCUGUUUCUCCAGCCCCUUCACCCACCAGAGGUAUAGGAAAGCAAUGCUUCUCACCCUCUCUGCAAAUGUUUGUGAGCAGCAAUGGAUUGCCUCCGAGCCCUAUUCCUAGUCCCACGAGGAGAUUUUCAAAGAGGAGUCAGAGUCCAAUCAACUGUAUCAGGCCCAGUGUUCUUGGUCCUGUUAAAAGGAAAGGUGAAAUGGAAACCGAAAGCCAGCCAAAGAGACUUUUCCAAGGAACCACAAACAUGCUUUCUCCUGAUGUCACCCACCUGACUGAUCUCAGCUCAUGUUUGUCUUCGGAGAUCCUGGAUGGGAGCACGAGCAGCGUCAGCUCUUCCUCUGAUUCCUUGGCCAAAGGCGGCAGCACCACUACGGAAUCGCCCCUCGCAUGCUCCAACUCCUGCUCUUCCUUCCUCUUGAUGGACGACCUUUCGCCCAAGUGACUUUUCCUAGGGGUCAAUGGCUGCCCGCUCUGUCCUCUCGCUCUGCAUACAUGCUGAGAAAAUCCACAGGAAAUAAAUCCUCCAGGACCUGAGGAUUUAAGUACUGAGUGGAAAUAUUAAUGCGACUUUAAUUCUUGGCAACUUCUUCAAGUGGUUUUGAUGAUCUUUCUCUUUAAACCGACACGUCAGGCCCUUGGGAUAGAUCUUUUGGCUGUCUGGUUUUGCAGCUUUUUUUUUUUUUUUAAACCCAACCCAUUAUUUUUACCUGUAUCUGUUGAGAUCAUUGCUAUCUUUGCUUUCAAAGAAACUGCAACGCUUUUUAGAAUUUUUCAGACAAGCACCUAAUUUAUAUUAGUGUGAAAAUGGUAGGCGGGAAAACCUUUUGCUGUUGCUAUCAUGGUCGUGUGUUCUGGCGGUAAAGGAUGGUAGUGAGAGAAUUGUUAGAAAACUGUCCUUGUUCAACGUGCUUUUUUAAAGGAAUAACCUAGAUUGCUCUAGAAAUUCAUUUAAGGAAAAAAAAUGAACUGCUUCUGCUGAACAGUGGCACAUUCUGGGCCUCUUCCCCUCUCCCCUCCAUUCACAAUGCUCCUAAAUAAUUUUCUUAUGGUAGGAACUUCUUUAUAUCUCAGUUCAUCUUCUACUUUUUCAUUUCCAGAGAAGAGGAAGAGGUUGCAAACGGCCCUUUGUGGUUCAAACAGUGGCUGCCAUCACCUCGGGAGCCAGAACGCUUUGCGUUGCAGCUGAAUAUCCGUCACAGACGGAGGAGGUUUAACUCACCUGCUGUUUCUGGGGUUGCAUAGAGAUGGCUUCCAAGGCUGCAGGGAUGACCAGUUGCAAAACUAUUUUGAGGGGAAAGGGGCAAUUGUUUUGGCUAUCACGUAGAGUAUGUCAAAUAGUCGGUGUCUCCCGUGGCACUGAGCAACGUUUGUGCCUUAGGAGACCUAGUAGAAGAAUGUAAGCGGAGGACCUGGGUGGAGGGGGGAGACUGUUCUUUAAGGAGGGCUUGUGCCAGGUGCUGCUGUCCCGCUGCUCUUUGCUGGCUGCUGAGGGGCUCGAGAGGGAGAAGGUCCUCCCGGCUCUUUGGGGAUUGCCCCGCGCUGCGUGGGGCUUGCCUGGAAGACAGCAGCCACAAGACGGGCUUGAUUGCCAGACAGGCUCCCUGCUUGUUGGGCUGGAAGCUCCGUUGGUCCGUAAGGAGCUUCCCUUUAAAUCAGGAGGGAUAACGUGUAAUACCUUAAGCUCCGUUUGGGCCACAGCAAAUGAUUUAUUUACUUCUUGAGAUCUAACCAGGCUUAACCAACAGAAAAGAGAUCCACUUGUAAUCUACUGUGUUAUGCUAUUUAUUAUUUAUAACUGUAAAAAAAAAAAGUCUGGUGUUGAAUUAUAGUAUUUUUUUAUGAUUGAAACUCUUUUUUAUGUUUCAUGAGUGCUGGCUAGUAUUGAAUCGGCAACCUUGUCUGCCAAAAAAAAAAGGUAUGUUUCCCCUUUUAAAUAUUUGUGAAUAUCCACAUGCUCUUUUUUUGUCAAAAUCCAAGUUUGGGGGGGUUCCUCCCCCCUUUGGGUAAGAUAAUAGCACUGAAUUUGACAUCGGAUUGUGCUGACCUGCAAAGCACAGGAACCUCUGCCAUUGUUUGUCUCUCUGGGGAGGGGAAAGAGGGGAAGGAAGACCUGUAGGGAAGACUUCAUUCUAAAAGGGGACGUUUCCUUUUCCGUACUUGGAGCAUUUUGGUUUUGGAAGUGUUUGUUUGGAAUUGUAACAAGUGCUACAUUUUGGGCCAGUUGUGCCUCCGUUCUUGUAAUCUCACUGGAGAGUUAGUUUCCCCACUUCCAAUAAAUAUUAUAAAAUAUUCA